CUACUUUAUAUGUGGAUUAUAUGUUAACAUGAUAAGGAAAGGCUUUCUUGUGACUGCAUGUCUCUUUAUACAUAUGCUUUCCCCAGGACCGAGUGUUUCAUUUGGUAUCUUGUACAGAGAAAUGCGACUAGAGUUUGGAACAAGCCAUACGGAAGCGGCAUGGAUUGCGUCUAUUUUCAAUGGAUUAUUAGGAUUUGUUGGUAUCCCUCUCAGUUUAGUUGCUAAUAAAAUAGGUGAAAGAUGGCCAACAGUUUGUGGUUCACUACUUCUAGCUUUAGGUAUGCUGACAAGUAUGUUUGCAAAGAAGACCAGCAUAAUGUACGUGACUUACGGCCUACUUGCAGGCUCAGGAGCCGGAAUUAUAGAUUUCUGUGCAAAUACACAUCUUGUUGCAAACUUCAACGAUAAAUGGCGCCCUGUUGCUGCGACAGUUACUAAUGCUGGAGUACCACUGAGCGCAUUAAUAUUACCACCAAUCCUUACAACAGUGAUUGAACAAUUCGAUUUGAAGAAGGCGUUACUGUUUCUUGCCUGUUUGUCGUUGCUAGGGGUACCAGCGGGUCUCUGUUUCUAUCCACAGAAACUAACCGAUAUCUCUCAGUCGGAAUCAAUUACUGAACAACGUCAACACACUAGUAGGAAAUUAUCAAGAUUUCUGAAAAAUGCCAACUACAUGCUAUAUUUGACAUCAGCAUGCAUAAUAGGUUUCGUUUUCUAUGUCCCUGCGACAUUUCUACCGGACCUCAUGCAUGAGUGCGAUAGAAGUUCGAGAGAAGUUUAUAUCUGUCUGAUGACAAUGGGGUCGGGUGACCUUACUGCUAGAUUGCUGUUGGGAUUUCUGGUUCAGUGGAAGCCGACUUACGUAGCAUUUAUUCACAGUGCUGGUAUCAUUGUCCUUUGUGCGUCUUCUGUCUUGAUCACUUUUUCAAAAUCCUUUGAAGCUUUUAUCAUCAUGUCAGGAAUGAUUGGUAUAGGCUCAGGAUGCUUCGCUGGACUGUUUUUCUUUUUAUCUACUCAUGUACUUCCUGCAGAAGAUGUGAGAUUCGGUUAUGGCAUAGUGUUGACUUUUGUGGGAAUGGCGUUGGUUGUUGGAAUGCCUCUUGCAG